ACUUAGGCUUUUCCUCAGAGGAGCCUUAAAGUAUUGACCCUCAGUCAGUAAAUAAACAGCCAAGGAGCCUUCGAGAGCUGCCUCAGGGACCUCUGAGUUUACCUUCACUCAGUGCUCACAGAAAGGCGCUGACCACCUUGUUCUGCGACCAGCACCUCACCGAGUGACAAGGUUCCUGGUGCUUGAUGUGAGCAAGUUCUUGCCUGGAAGGAGAUCUGCUGCUGAAAAAAAAAGAAGAUGUGGAAAAGGAUAGGCCUCAGCGUCAGGAAAACCCCAGCUGUGGGCUGGAGCUCGGCUCCCGUCCGCCCCUGCACGUCCCCUCUGUGGUGUCCAGCUCACAGAUUCAUCUUCCCCAGGAGAUUAGUCGCUAAUCUCUCCUUCAUCUGCCAUCUUUCUUAUCACCCGGAGUAGCAGGGACCAGGCUGAGAAUUACUGAGUCCUGCUGGCACCAAGAGUCUGGCCCCACUGAGCAUCAGUGUAGAGAUCUUCACAGCAGGGUCGCGAAAGGAGCGAGACAGACUUCAUUCGACCUGGAGGAUGCACUGAGUAGGAGAGGAGGCGCCGUUCUCCAGCCCUUGGGAAUGGUCCCAUCCCCAAAAGCCGUCAAGGAGCAUCACCCUGAGGGCAAGAACUGGGAAAUCCGCUGGGAAGCUCGCUUAGGAAGCUCGCUGGGGAAGCUCUCUUACUCCUUUCCCCAGGCGCUGGGCACCCGAUCCUGCUGAUUAAAUCGUCUCGAGGUAAUUGUGUCUGUCAUUGAGACAGAUUAACGGGUGACCUUCUGCUGCUGAAGCAGGAUUGGUGGCCACCACGGAGCUCCUCAUCCUUCCCUCCCACCGGCCGCGGCAGCACAGCUCAGCAGAGGAUUCCCAUCCGCAACCGGUGGGACAAUGCUCGGCACCAGCCACAGCCGAGCAGGAGCCAUGAGCCAAGAACGACAUCUGCCAGCCCGGCAGCCGCUCUGCCUGGACGUGAGCAGGACUCCCCGCCCAGCCCGGGGCUGAACCCCUGCCCCAGCACCGCCAUGGUGCUUCCCUGCGCCCACAACAGCGUGGUCGGUGGUGGCGGCAGUGACUGGCUGGUGCCCACGGAGCCCCGCGGCCGCAGCAACUCCAUUCCCCCAGCACAGACCCCCACCGCCAAGCACAUGCUGGCCUACCUGCCCCGGCCACCCACCGACACCAGCCAGUAUGGCACCUUCCACCAAGAGCCUGAACUCCCAGCCACCCCUGGCACUCUGGCACAAGACAGCUGGCAGCAAGCCAGCACCACCACUGCCAAGAGAAGUGCCCAGAUGCCAAACUACCCAUCCUUGCCCUGCCGUGGGGUCAUUGUCCCCAGCGAGCCAUCCUUGCUGCUGAGCCGUGGCAGCAUGGCGACCCAGUACCGUCCUGGUGAUCUGCCCCGCUGCCCACCACCUGCCCCGCGAGAGACAGGCACCCACUGGAACCCACUGCAUGCACUGAGCGUGCCCAACAUCCCCAGCUCAGCGCGGGGCAGGACUUCUGCCCGCAGCAGCGCUGCCGCUGCUGUCCCUGCCCCAGAGGGGCUGCCAAGCCGCUGCCGCAAGCUGCUGGAGGAGGACAGCCCAGCGGUCCAGGCUGGCAAGCGGCAACGGCAGCGCUAUGUGACAAAGGUGGGCAAGUGCCAGGUGAACCUGGGCAACAUCCAGGAGAAGAAGCGGUUCCUCUCGGACAUCUUCACCACCAUUGUGGACCUCAAGUACCGCUGGUUCCUCUUUGUCUUCAUGAUGUGCUACAUCAUCACCUGGGUGGUCUUUGGCACCAUCUACCUCUUCGACGCUUGGGUGCGAGGUGACGUCUGGCACCAGGGCGAUCCCGCGUGGCAGCCGUGCAUCGAGAACGUGGACGGCUUCAUCUCCGCCUUGCUCUUCUCAGUGGAAAGCCAGCGGACCAUCGGCUACGGCUCCCGCAUGGUGACGGCCAACUGUGCCGAGGGCGUCAUCCUGCUGAUGGCACAGUCCAUCGUCGGCUCCAUGAUCGAUGCCCUCAUGGUGGGCUGCAUGUUUGUCAAGAUCUCCCGGCCCAAGAAGCGUGCCCAGACCCUCAUCUUCAGCAAGAACUGCGUCAUCUCGCGCCGCGAUGAGAAGCUCUGCUUGAUGUUCCGGGUCGGGGACCUGCGUGAGAGCCACAUGGUGGACGCCAAGAUCAGGGCCAAGCUGAUCAAGUCCCGGCAGACGCCUGAGGGGGAGUUCAUCCCCCUGGAGCAGUCAGAGCUGAACCUGGGCUACGACACAGGGGAGGAUCGCCUCUUCCUGGUGGAGCCCCAGAUCAUCUGCCAUGUCAUCGACUGCCGCAGCCCCUUCUGGGACAUGUCAGCCGAGUCGCUGCGCCGAGAGCAGUUCGAAAUCAUCAUCAUCCUCGAGGGCAUCGUGGAAGCUACUGGAAUGACGUGCCAAGCCCGCACCUCCUACACGGAGGACGAGAUCCUCUGGGGGUACCGCUUCGAGCCCUGCAUGUCCUUGGAGAAAGGAGCCUUCCAGGUGGACUACAGCCGCUUUGAGCUGACCUUCGAGGUGCAGACACCAGUGGCCAGCGCCAAGGAGCUGCAUGAGCUGCGGGAGCUGGAGCAGCAGGAGCACUCCACACUCAGCCUCUACUGGGACCACCUCCUGCAGCCCUGUGUCCCGCUGGGCACUGGGCCCGGUCCGGAGGCCUUGGGCGGGCUCAGCAUCCCUGGCAGUGCCGUUGAGGGUGGCCGGGAUGAGCGGCUGCAGCAGGGGACCGCACCUUGAGCUGCAGACGGAAGGCUGCGGGACGGGAUGCCCAACUGUGCCUGCCAUGUGAGUGGUGGGUGCCCGGCAGAGGCUCUCAUGCCAACAGUGCCAUAGCCCGGCCUCCCUCGGCGGGGCUGAGCCCUCCUGCCCCCCACCCUUGCCAGGGCCAUGAGAGCCCGGCCGUGGGAGGUUGGAAGUUUCUGGAUUAAAC